AUGCUGUCGCGCUCCUCCUCGCAUGGCACUUUCGAUCUCGAAGAGAACACGCUGGACCGCAGCACCGCCGCUUUCGAGACAGCUAACUUUGAGGCGUAUGAGAACCGGUGCAUUCCGUCGUGCGUGCGCGUGCGCUGCUGCGGGUGCUUCUGCCUCUCAUGGGCGCGGCGGUGGGAGACAGGCCUCCUCCCGAAGGGUCUGCGAACGGCAGAUAUCGCCGCGCUCGAGCGUCGUCAGAAAGCACUAGAGUGGAGCAACAUGCUCGCGAUGAUGGACUCGGGAUCGUCGCUGCCCUCGUCUGUUAAGUCCGUGCCCGACUCGGCGCCGUCCAUUCACUCGGCUGACUUUGAUCUGCUCGCCGAGCCGGUCGACGCGGGCGCAAACCCACGCGGCGGACGAGGCGGCAGCAGUUGCAGCAGGCACCCGUCCUUCUCCUCAAAGGCGGCGCGGGGGCGAGAGAGCGGGGUCGUCGCCCCGUUGGUCAUGGGCGCUGGGUGA